AUGAGCCCUGAGAGUGAGACAACAUACCCAGAAAAAGACACCCUUGGGGCGCCAAAGCUUGAGCCGGAUGUCCCGAACUGGUCAAUAUACAAAAUCCGCCUUGAAUGGGCCCUUGCUGACCAAGACUGCAUUGAGCAUCUCCAUGGCACAGCAAAAAGGCCAAUACCAGUAUCCCAGACCACUAGCCAGACUGCUGGCCAGGCCACAGUGACGACAUCUCCUCCUGCAGCAGUCAGCAAGGCCAAUCAAGAAGCACUUGACGCCUGGUGGAAAAAGGAGUACCAAGCGGGAAAUAUGAAUAUGUUAGGUUGCACUAUACCUGAUUUGACACUGCAAAGGAUUCUAAACAAGCCCACUAUUGCCAACAUAUGGGCCAUGAUCUGCCAAGAAAAUGAGAACAAAUCUAUGCUGCACCAAGAAAGGAGACUUGCGCACACAUUUGGACAAAAUUUGCGUGCUAUUGGAACAGCUCAGCACAGCAGGAGUUAA